ACACACACACCCCCACCCCCACUUUCUUGCAGCCAUCAUUCUCUGCGUCGGUGUGCAGCAGUGGAGAAGAUUCAACGCACAUUGCUACAGUAGGUAUCAUCAUUUUUCGGGAUCAAGACGAUGGAUGCGGGCUCCCCCGAAUCUAUUGCUGCAAAUACGGCGUGCGGGCUCGAUUUUUUAUUCCAAACGCAUCCGCAUCUUCCAUAUGUUCCACGGUGUCUUUGAAAGGGACCUCUGGAGGAAAUGAGAAGAAAGCUUUAUUUUGAUUCACGCCUGUCGCGAUGGAGGCAUCAUUAAGAAGACCUGUAAAUUCAAGAUCAAACACAGUUCGUUAGAUCAUUAAGGAUCAUUAUUAUUCUGCCUAAGAGGAAAGAAGCUGCAACCUGCAAUUUUUCUCCUAUGAGCACUGAAACACAAAGGAGGUCGAUCCGAACUUCGAUCCGAUGUGGGAGCUGUUCCCUUAAAUUCCCACAACCUCUACUCUUGCUUGGAUUUCAACAUUCAGUAAAAUCCACCAGGACAGAGUAUGCCAUCUGCACCUUUUCACAGAAUCCUGCGACCCCUUCUGCUUGGUACUUUUAUACUGGGAUGCUUUGUGACUCUGUUUUUGAUGUAUUUUAAACCAUCUACAAGCUGGUUAUCAGGUCCUGUAGAGUCAACAGUAUCAACAGACCGGGUCAAGAACCUCUUCUCCACCAAGAGUGAUAAAAACGUCACCACUGUGCUGAUCUGGCUCUGGCCCUUCGGACAAACAUACGACCUGAGCGUCUGCAGCUCUCUCUUCAGUAUUGAUGGCUGCUUCAUCACAGCAGACAGGAACUUCUACAAUAAGUCGGAUGGGGUUGUCAUCCAUCACCGAGACAUCAGUACUGACCUGUCCAAUCUGCCGCCACUCCAGCGACCAUCAUUCCAGAAGUGGAUAUGGAUGAACUUUGAGUCGCCGUCACAUUCAUCCCAGUUGGCUGGGAUAGAGAACCUGUUCAAUCUGACUCUCAAUUACCGUCAGGAUGCUGACAUUGAAGUGCCUUAUGGGUCCAUCGUAGCAGCAGAGGGGGAGGAGGAUUUUGUACCACCCAGCAAAAACAAGAUGAUCUGCUGGAUUGUGAGCAACUGGAACCAGGACCAUGUGCGAGUAAAAUAUUACAAUGAGCUGUACAAACACAUUGAGGUUCAUGCAUAUGGACAAGCCUUUGGGGAGUACAUCUCUGAUCAAGACUACUUCCCCACCAUCGCCAGCUGCAAAUUCUAUCUGGCAUUUGAGAACUCCAUCCACAAGGACUACAUUACUGAGAAACUGUACAACCCGCUCUCAGUGGGGACAGUGCCAGUGGUUCUUGGCCCACCAAGGCAGAAUUAUGAGAACUUUAUCCAGGGAGACGCCUUCAUUCAUGUGGAUGACUUCAGCUCGCCCAAGGAACUGGCUGAUUACCUGCUGCUCCUGGACAAGAAUGAGGAAAUGUACCUCAGGUACUUUGAGUGGCGGCGACACUUUAAAGUAAAGAAGGCCUAUUUUUGGGCAGAGCACACAUGCCUCGCCUGUGAUUAUUUGCGUAGGCACAAGGAAUACAAGGCAUUCAAUAACCUUGACAAGUGGUACUGGGGUGGCUAGAGAUUUGAAGGGCUGUGCAGUUCUUGUUAUGUUGUUGAAGGCAGUGCUUUAAGAUUUUUGUCCUUCGGUUAACACGAAGGUUCAUUGCUGUUCCAUCCUGAGCAGCUGAAUGGUGUUUUUCUAUUGGUUCAGAGGCCCACUAAAACAUUCACUUUUUUUUUCUUAUAAUUUUAUUUGCUGUCAAAUUUUGCUAAGCCUUACUUUGCCUUUUGAGUUAUUAAAUUAUAAUUUUGUAUUUAUUUUUUAUGAUUUACAAAUGCACUACUUUUUUUAUUAUUUCCAACCAUGUUUUGCUUAACAUGACCCCAUCUGCUGCUAUUUUCUUAUGAUUUUGUUUUAUUUUUUUUUAGUGUGAUUGCAUGAUUGUAUAAAUGUUCCUCUACACCAGAUAACAUUCACGAUGCAAGGUUGUUGUUUUUAUUAUUUUUUUUAUUUCUUAAAUAUUCAUAAAGUGUCACACAGCAGACAUUGUAAAAACGUUGGCUGGAGAAGGGGGCUGACAUAAAAGUGAAAAUAUUUAUCUUAAAAUUUUUCAAAUGAGGCAUUAUAUGAUUAAAAAAAACCAAUCUCAUCUGUGCUAGUGAUGAAGUCACCUAUGCAUUGUUUACUACACUUCAAUGUGAAAAUGGUUCAAUAGGGUCAUGUACAUACUGUGUAUUUUUGGAAUUAAUGUAGCUACUUUUUUUCCAUAUUUUUGUAAGUUUGCAUUUGCACUGCUAAUCAAACUGUUACUUAUCUUCACAUACCUACACUAAGACAGAUGGUCAUUAUUUAUGUGUCGUUGCAUUUGGCGAUCUUUACCCUGCUGGUGUCUGACAGAAGAGAUCACUGCUCUGUGAGAGGGAGGUUACUAUUUAUUUAAUAUUGCUGUGAAUCGUCUCUUGUAAUUUUGUGACGGUGUUUUGGAUACCACGUGGAUGAUGAUAGCACAGCACAGAGCCAUUGUACUGCAAUAUGAAACUCCCACACACCGCCUCGCAUUGCAUUUUAAUUUGAAAGGUCUGUCAUUUUUGACUGACUGCAGUAAGAAGAAAAAAGCACUAAAUGAACACGCAACAUAACCAUUUGAUUAAGCUAUUUACUUGAGUGCUGUAUUCUCAUCCCACAUUAUGACCUCAGAUGAAUACACUGAUAUUUCUUUCAUGGUUUCAGGCAGAUUUUGUCACAUGGGUAAAGUGAGUGCGAACUAAGAUGAAAUGAAACUGGCCCAGGUGUGAGAAAACAGUGAGAGAUGUGAUCUGUUUUCACGCUUACUGCAAAGUUAUCCACAUUUUUGUCGUACUCAUCAUAUGUCAGUGUUGUUCGGGUUGUAACCAUUUGCAUGUGAAAAAUGUGAUUGUGGAUUUUUUAUUUAUUUAUUUUUUAAAGGUCUACACCACACCCUCAAAAUCACGCCACAAAAAGACAGCACAGUAUCUGUAGAUAUCGCAUUGUAUUCAGAUGUCGUCGGAACAGCUAAUUCACUGAGCAAUGCAUUGCAACAGCACUCAGCAGCUAUUAACAGAGAUUUAUGUUUUUUAACAGAAAGUACUGUACAAGUUCUUGUCAACAUUUUAUGCAAGAUGAGCUUCUGUGUCAAAGUAUACACCGUGUGAGGUUGUCAGAUUAAUAUUUCUUCAAUUUCAAAGGGACCAUUUAUGUAAAAUAGGAUGAAACCAAUUAUUUUCUUAUGGAGUAUGGUUCCAAAUGCCAUAGUGAACCCUGUAUAUAAGCACUGUAGUGAACUGAAGCAGAAAUUGGAUCAAACCAGCCCACUAACACAAAUCAUUCCUUUAUGUCCAGCAGACAGAGGGAACUCCAGCAGAGUUGUAUAUAUUUUUCAUGUUAAAUCUCUUUAUAUCAUACAGUUGUUGUCUGGAAGUGACCGUGACUGCGCUGUACCUUUGUAAGUAAUGCCCGGUGCUUCAAGUGGCUGUGAACAGAGUUGAACGGAGAGACGCUUGAAAAAAGGAUUAACAGCGUCAGAAAUGACGCUUUUACUUUUGUGAGAUGGACGUUUUCAUCAAGAGAGGCACUUUUACAUUCAAGGAGUUUUUCUUUUUGGUUUUGUUUUUGUAUUUGGUGGUAAUCCUGUUGGCAUGACCUAAUUGAAAAAAAAGUUGUGCCAAAAUGCAGCAGAAAUACAGCACUUUUAUUCAUGUCGAGUUGUGUGACUCACUGUGCCGGUGGUCGUCUUAGAUGAAGCUAUUGUGAAUUUAUAAACUGUCCUCCAAGACCUCGGCCCAUCCCACAGGUUAACUAUGAAACUGCCAGUCAUGGUUUCAUAUUGUACAGUCCAAUUUCAUGUAUGAAAACAAAAAAGCUUUCUUGUCCAAUGUGGUUGGUGACUUUAAGAAACAAAAGUUUAUUUUUUUUAAUUUGAUCUUUUUGGGUGGUGUCUGUCUCCUCCAUCGUCUCUUUCUUUCUUUUUUUUUUUGCACAAAAACAAAGACAAGGAGCUGCGGCUUCUCUGUCCUCCUGCCUGAGUCUGUGAGUGGGUCACUGCUGCACCAGAGAGGAAUUCUCUAGAUGCUAUAUGACCUGGUAAAAAAAAAAAAAAAGCUGUAUCCUAGGUGGGAUGUUGUUUCUCCAGAAAUGCUCAUUUGAUACCAGUUCACUGAAAUAAUCAGUGAGUCAAUCAGUACUUUUAUUUUUCUUUGCCAAAUCAUUGUAUUUUGCCAAAUGUUGUUUAACUGUAUAUGUCUUAUAGUGUCAAAAUGAAAAUAAA